AUGUACGAUACCCUUCGGGGAUCAAACCUUUCCCCAGGGAGACAGGACUUGCAUAAGAGUGGUUGUGACGAUAACGCCGCCGAUGAUUCUGAGAAUCCAUUACACGCCACCAGGUCCUCGGCAGCUGCAUUGGAACUGGGUACCAUGCAGUUAAACGCGGAACCCAACCUGAAUGCUCUGACUGGAGGUGGUGCACCAAGUGCCCCGUCUGUGGAGAAGCCAAAGAAGAAGAAGCUCCCCCCACCGUACACCUCGGAGUGUAAGUACCACUUUGAGAGGGUCAUACUGGACGAAUGUCAGUACGUCAAGAACAUCCGAACAUGCGCCCAUCAGUGCAUUACCCAGAUUCCUCGCAAUGCCUUGUUCGGACUCACCGCUACCACCAUGUGGAAUCGGAUCCUGGACUUGUAUGGCUACUGUAGCCUCCUCACCGGUCAUCUCACCGUGAAAUUCACCAAGCAAAACCCAACUGGGGGCCUCCUUGGUCCUAACGAUGUUCGAUACCCUGAUCUCCGUGUCUUGUACAAGGCCUGGUCCGAUGUGACCAUUCUCCCGGAGAACAGCACGAAAAUUCCCUACGAGCUGCUUAACCCGGCCGUGCUGGUUCAAUUGACCAAGGAUACGCACGGCGAGAUCACGACGCAGAUUUGA